CUUCCUCCGCGCGCCGCUGCGCCUCGCCUCCCUGGUUGUGCCCGUUGCGGGUGGCCUGUGGCGGCGGCGAGCGCGGCGGUCGGAGUGCGCUCUGCGGGGCGCGGAGCCGGCGGAGGAUGUCGGUGCCGUCGCUGCAGCGGCUGUGGCAGGCGCCGCGGCACCUGCUGGUGUGCGAGAAGGGCCACGCGCGGCACGAGCGGUCGCGGCACGCGGUGCACGUCCGGGAGCACGCCUACAACUGCCGCGUGUCUUUUUUGAUCCCUGAAUGUGGCAUACUACCUGAAGUGCUGAAGAGUACCAUUGCAGAUCUGGGAGAGUACUACCUGGUGAGGAAUUUGUUGGUUCAUGAAUUGGUUGCUCACGAAUUCGUUGAUGCUUUUGUGAAGAAAGGUUCAUGCUAUGCACUUAGCUAUAACACAAAAAUUGAUCAAGAUAAUACUGCAGCUCUGCUACCAAAUGGAAAACUAAUUCUAUCAGUGGAUAAGGAUACUUACGAGGAACUUGGACUGCAAGGUCGCCCUUCUCAGUAUUCUGGCAAAAAAGCAAUGAGAUAUAUUAUAACUAUUGACUUGACUGAUUCCGGCUUUCACCCUGAUAGCAAGAAACAUAACAGGGUGCUUUGGGCUUUGAAAGAAAAGAAACCUUUAGAGUUUGACUUCCUACUGGCUUGGUAUAAUACAGGUGCAGAGGGAUCAACAUUGAUGUCAUACUUUUCAAAAAACCAAAUCCAGGCCCUGAAGCCAAAAGUAACAUUCAGCACAUUAAGGGACUUGCAGUGUCCCCUGUUGCAAAGUAACGAACUACAAGGAAAGCCAGAGGAGUCCUGCAGUGCAGAGGAACUCUUUGAAUGGCUGGGUGCUGUCUUGAAUCGAGUUAGCUUAGACAACAAAUCAUCUAGCUUCUUAUCAACCUAUUGCUGUCCUCAGCCCAACACAGUGGUGGAAAAAGCUUUUUUGUGCACAAUCACAGGCUUUAUAAUUCCUGAGAAGAUAAUUCAGUUAUUGGAGCAGCUGUGUUGCUAUUUUGGUGAACCAAAGCUGGCAUAUUGGCUGACCCUAACUGUUCAUGGCUUUGCAGACAGCCCAGUUUCCUGGAGAGAAAGUGAACAUGGUUUCCACAAGGGAGGAGAGAACUUGUACAACUUUGUUAUUUUUAGAAAUCUGGACUACUGGCUUCAGAUGGCUGUAGGAACUAAUGAUGAUUGUCCUCCAUAAAGCUACAUCUACAGAAGAAGUUUUAUAAUAAUCUCAUGUUACUAAUAAGACACUGUUUAUACAAGUAA